AUGGGCAAGACAAGCGCUUUUCUGAGUCGAUGGGAUCAGGCCACCGCUCGGUGGGCAGGCAGUUGGACGCUGGAGCUCAUCGCAAUCACAUUCAGCUGUCUUUGCCUCGCAGCACUAAUAGCAACUCUUCUUGUCGGAGACGGCCAGGCAACUUGGGACGGUAUCACCCUCAACACCUACGUAUCAAUUCUGGCCACGGCAGGCAAGUUAUCGGCGCUGUUCACAGUGAGCUCAGCUAUUGGACAGGCGAAAUGGAACCUUUUCAGUCGAAAGCCCAGAUCUUUGCUGGACUUUCAAGCUCUUGAUCUCGCGAGUCGUGGUGGAUGGGGAAGUGUGCAACUUCUUUUCCGGCGAAGAGAUGUCGCUGCUGUUCUAGGGGCACUUGCGUUCAUUGUUGCGUUUGCCUUCGACCCAUUUGCACAACAGCUUGUUCAUCUACGCAGCCACAUCGCUUUCUCUCCCAGUUUAAAAGCGAGUUUUGCAACCACCAGCAGAUACGAUGGCGGUAUGCGCUAUGAUUACGGCCCUGCCUACGUCCCGGACAGUGACGGGUCUAUGAUCAGAGAUUUUGCCGUCACUGCGGAUUUCAGCAUGCAAGCUGCCGUCCUCAGCGGGCUGGGCUUCAUCGGAGAGCGCACAGAUCUGAUGCUUGGUGGCGCAUACAACGUCUCACAAGCAGCAGUCGGAGGCACCAGCAAAUUUAUGCAAGAGACAUUUAUUCAUAAGAGCAUGGAAGUGGGGGCGAGCUCCCUCCUUGACAAUAUCAACGGAUACUACCUGAGAAUAAGCAACGAUCCGCAAUUCUCGCCGGAUGUCAUGCAGCCACUAUACGAGAAUGAUGACCUCGAUGCAACCUUCGAAGCCAUCGCCGCGAGCAUGAGCAACGCCAUUCGUGCACACCAAAACGGCACGCAGAACAUCACGGGAGAAGUUGGCACCCCAGUAACGAGAUACAGAGUGGAGUGGCCAUGGAUCAUCCUCCCACUGGUAGUCGUCAUGGCAAGCCUCCUGCAACUAAUCCUCACCAUGUUUGAAUCUCGACACUACCCGCUCUGGAAGUCGGAUGUCCUAGCCGUCCUCUCGCGAGGUCGUCACGUUGGAGACAUAACCUACAGAGGAGCAUCGCAAGUCAUCUGGCAGCAGCUCUGCUUCUACCUUGCCAUCUAUCUCAUGAUGCUCAAUGAAGCCACGAGUCUACUACGGGAUUUCCCGUACUAUUAACGAGAUUUCGAACUAGACAGAUUAAUAAUUCACGACAUUUAUACUUUUUAGAGAGGCGAGAAAGAUGAUACCCUAUAGAGGUUAUAUAUAGAUAGAAUACGCCGAGAAAUUACUAGUUGGCGG